AUGGAACGUGAGGAAGAUGAACCGCCCAUAGCGAACACAACUGUUCGUCAGGCCAUCCUAGACGACGUGAAUAUGUUGAAGGACGGGGAGGACGUCGACGCCUACGAGGACUUUAAUUCAGGAAGAAGUGAUGGCGAAGAUGAUCUGGAGGACAUGGCCGAUCCCCGAGGAUUUCUUGACGACGAUAUUGAGCCCCGUGAAUAUCCUAAUGACGCCGAUCUUUUGGACGAGGAAGUGGCACUUGUGGAUGACGCGUUUGAUGAAUCCCUUGGUGGCUCAUUGGACAUAGAUCGCAUCGACAAAGAAACACUACGUGCGACGGCGUGGGGUGAACCAUGUUCAGCGUUUGAGUCAGAUCUCACCAGCUACCCACACCUCUCCGACGAUGGAGACGUAGCAGAAUCACCACUUUCUAUAUUUUUCUACUAUAUGCCUAAGUCUUGGUGGGUCCAUAUCAAGGACGAGGCAAAUCGGUACCGGAAGCAGAACAUUGAUGCGCGCGCUUCGCGAAUGCGAGCAAACCAAGUGCGCAUGCACCGGCCAACAACACCAGAAACGCUCCAGCAGCAACGCCGACGUUUGCGAGCAUAG